AUGAAGAUCUCGGCAAUCUUCCUUUCCGUCCUCCUCGUUGCCUCACUCGGCUUCUCUCUGAGUAUCCGCAGUCCAUCGCCAGGCCAUUACGAGGAGGGCAAAAACCUAACGUUGAGUUCCCCCAGACGGCCUCCUGAGAAGCCCCCUCUGGUCGAUGAUAUCACCUUUUCGUGGUGCCUCGACUACACCAGGCCGGAGACAUGUUUCUCGAGGGGUUUGAAGCACGGCGAGUGUUAUAACCUUGGCGUUCUGGAUCCCAAAAUGCAGGAGAUGCUGGAGGACGUGGGAGCAGAGGGAGGGGCUUGCAUGUUGUUUACCUUCCAAAACUGCAAAAAUCACCACACGGCCGCCUUCACCGGCCAGCACCUUUACACACCAUGGCUCUGCCCGAAACACGAGUCCAACAAAGAGAAGACCAAAUGGAACAGCGACGCUCGGUCGGUCCGCUGCUGUUCUGGUCACCCGAGCACGCCAUGGUGCAGUGACUUGAAGAAGCCGCACGAUUGCCACUAA